AUGUUUACUCACACGUCCAAGCGAGAUUCAAUUGCUUCACUCCUCCACAAGCAUCUCUUGUGCCUCAACCACCCCCCCCCCUCUUCUCCCCGCCCUAUGUCUUCCUCCUCUGUACACGCAGCCGCGCCGCCGGACGUGGUGCGCGAUCCAGAGGGUUUGGAAUAUGAAACCGGACAACAGCUGGGAAAAGGCGGCUUCGCCAUCUGCCACCGCGCCAAACUGUUAGGCCACGAGAGCCUCGGAAACACCACAGUCGCUCUUAAGAUUGUCAAAUCCAAAAUGGAGCCUCCUAAGCUCGCACAGAAGUUUGUAACGGAGCUUCAAAUACAUUCCAAACUGUCACAUCCCAACAUCGUCGAGUUUUAUCGCGCAUUUUCGUUCGCACCGAGCACUUAUGUCGUCCUCGAGCUUUGCGAAAACGGUUCCCUUGCCGAUGCCAUUAAGAAACGCAAAUACUUCACCAUGCCCGAGAUCAGACGAUUCAUGAUCCAGACUUGUGGCGCCAUCAAAUACCUUCACCAGCGGAAUAUUGUUCACCGAGACUUGAAGACGGGCAAUCUUUUUCUCGAUCGCGACAUGAAUGUCAAGGUUGGCGACUUUGGCCUAGCGGCACUGCUGGUCAACCAGAGCGACUGGGGCGCGAUUCGCCGGACCACCAUGUGUGGUACCCCCAACUACCUCGCCCCCGAAGUGUUGGAGAAGACUGGGAAAGGUCACGACGAGAAGGUCGAUCUUUGGGCUAUUGGUAUCAUGAUGUAUACACUUGCCGUUGGUAGAGCGCCAUUUCAUGCCGCGAAACGAGAGGAUAUCUACCGCAAACUGAAGGCACGCGAAUACUCUUGGCCCGACAUAGCCAAGUGUGGAAACGAAAUCACCGACGAUCUGCGUGACAUUGUUUCCCUUCUACUUGUUCACGAGGACGAACGACCGACACCGGAUCAAAUCGUAGCUCACCCAUUCUUCAAAUUGGGAUUCAUUCCCUUGAAACUCGACAGCGGCUGCACUAGUAAGGUGCCCAAGUGGUCCAAGAUACGGCCCCCGACACCUGCCACACUAAAACGAGGUUAUACAGACGAGUGGUGGGCCAUGUGCAAAGCCUCAGCUGUAGGAGAAUACGAACCUGGGAAAUCAUUCGGAGCAUAUGGUAGCCGAAGAAACAAGACGGUAGCACGGGAUUGCCAAAAAGAGAUCGAAUCUGGAUUGCAACCGAAUAUCCCAUUCGCAGCGGAUCUCGUAUACCUGCCGUUUCCCGCCCGCACGCAGUGGCCGUUCCAAGCAGCUAACGGUCUGAGCGAUAUAACAGAAGAAAAAGAAUCCUCGUCAGAAGGCACAGCACUGGUAGAAACUACAGGCAACGAUCGUGGGAGAGGACGUGCCCCACGCACCGUGAGAAGAGAAGAGCCACUGCCUGCCUUGCAAGAGAACGACGAACCAGAAGUUGCUCUACCUCGAAGAGUAGUCGAUAAACAGCCCGCGAGGAUAAGAUCAGUGCGGAAGAUAUCGAACCCUGGCCGAGUGACAGCAGCCACAGCGCCGUUGGCAGUUCCCCUGAAAGUUCCCAAAGAUACUCGGUCAGUGCAACGUACGAAAUCUGCGAAAGAGUCGACAAAGGAAAAACAGCCAGAGCAGGAUAUCCAGGAAAUCCCUCAACCGCGUCUCGCAAAAUCCACUUCCCGUUCCUCACAGAAGAGUAAUUCAUCAGCCCCCAAAUCAGCAUCCCAGUCAUCAAAAGCAGCUCGCAACACCCCAGUCCUCCGUGCUGUGAGUCCUGAGCUUCCCACGACUACCCCAGUAUCAACACUCGCUCAAUUGGAAACCUUUCGCGAUAACUUGCAGCGCGCACUGGAUCGAAUACAGUCCAAAUCACGGCGCGAAAAACCCCCGCAACUUCCCUUCGUUUCGAAAUGGGUAGACUACUCGCGAAAAUAUGGUGUCGGAUAUGUACUUGACGAUGGGAGUGUUGGAUGCAUGACGACCGCUACGGAAUCAUUUCCUGUCACUGUUGCAUUUGUCACAAACGGUGUUCAUCACCUCAAGGAGCUAUCCAAAGAUUCGGAGUAUCUCAAAGAUGUGCCCAUACAGCUGUAUGCAGCCCCUAGAAAAGACAAGGGCAUGGCCCGCGUCGAAAUUACCGACCAACGUCGACAAGACGAUAUACGAUGCUACUGGCAGAAGUUCGCAAAGUACAUGUGUAUGCAAUUAGGCGAGGAAGAUAUGCGUGUGAGAGACAUCGAGCGUCCAAACUUUGUGAGGUUUUAUCAACGUCUUGGUAACCUGGGCAUCUGGGGUUUCGAUGACGGUUCUUUCCAGUUCAACUUCCCCGAUCAUACCAAACUUGUCCUCUCGUCGGACGCUGGGUACGGCAAGUUCGUGUGCAUGCCUGUAAAAGCCACCCAAAUUUUACGAAAGACUGGCGACGUGCCCUUCCAUUACGUUCGAGGCCGCGAAACCUUAUACGGCUCCCUCCAACAACUCAUGUGGGGCUCCAUCGGCGGCGAAGAUCGAUACAAAGACCUCACCGAAGGAAACGGAUUACGAAGCAAAAUCGAAUUCAUUCGCGACAUCUUCACGGAAUGGAUUGCUGGAGGCGGACUGGGGUGUCUUGACGAACCCAAGAGCUGGGAAUGGAGAGGCCCUCAAUUAGCUUCCGAUCCCAAACGUCGCGAUUGGUCCAGCGUUGGCCGUCACGGCGGUGACGUUUUCUAA